AUGAAUUCCACACAAAGCCCCGUGUACCACACAUCCGUUGAACAAAAACGGCAUGCUCAGGAUGUGGCCCGAAGGCAGAGGAUGGGCAAACAAAUGCCCAAAUUGCGCGAAAUGCUGCGUGAGAAGUACCGCAAGCGCAUCAUUGAAACCCGCAAGCAUUGCACUGACUCCAAUCGUGAAUUACAAUUGGCGGAACUCAGGGAAAUUCUUCGCAUGGAGCUUAGUGAGUUGGAGCACGACUUGGAGCUGGAGCAGCUGAUCUUGGACGAGCUGCUCUCCGAUGUGAAUGAAUGGUACGCCCUGGGCGAACAGAACCUGGAAACGCUUUACGUAGAGCCAGAUAAUAAGCAACAGCAGCAGAAGGAGGUUCUGUGUCCCGUUUGCCAGAUGAAGCCCUUGCAGCGUGAGAAGAGGGGUUACCUCUGCGAGUGUGGCGUUCAGUUUGAACACUCUGCUGACAUGGAACAGCUCCAGAAGUUGCUGCGCCACCAGAUAGCCAGUCACGAGCUAAAGUGCACUCAGGCCCUGCGCUUCUUUAUUGAACCCUCUUCGGGACACCUGUACAACAUGUGUGGCAGCUGUGACUACUUCUCAUCCGUAUAGUUUCUUGUCUUUGUAAGAGCGAACGGAACGCUGGCUGCGUCCAGCAUAAAAUUAACGUGAUAUUGGAAUUAGGAAGUAAGCUCAUGUAAUCUGAACAUUUUCUGUAAGAGACUCGAUAUGUUAAUCUUGUUUGUUAUCAUCAAUAAUUACCUAGAUGUAAAGUAAUCUUGUUCUUAUCUUAUUUUCAAUGUUCUUUUGUAUUUCUUCUUAGAUUUAUUUAAUAUUGGUUUAUAAAGUACCAUACCAUUAUAAUUUGGUUAAUAUGUAAUAUGAAACUUAAACUAUAAUAUAUAUAUAUGUACAUUUAGUAAUAAAAUGAUUGGGAACUUCUGUGUCUCAAUCGUACAUUCUUAAA